AUGUCUGGAUCGGAAGCUGAUGCUAAGGCAGUCCCCGCCGAGAAGAAAGAGCCUGUGACGGCAGAAUCGGCUGGUGGUGAUGUCGCUGAAGAAAGUCGCGAUUCGGCCGCUUCUCUGGAUAACGACGAAAAGUCGUAUUCCGGUUCUGAGGAGAAGAACGGUGAAAGCGAGGAUGGUGGAGAGGAGGACGAAGGCGGCAACGAGGAAGAUGAAGGUGCCGAAGAGAAUGGCAAGGAAGGCGAAAAUGGACAUGUAGAGUCCACCGACACCAACGGCAAUGAUCGUAAGCGAGUGUCCGAUGUGGGCGCAGAUGCCGCAGACGAAGGCGCUCCCGCUUUGAAGAAGAAAAAAGCUGAAGAGGAAGAGGUUGGUGCCGGAGACGCCCCCACCACAGAGUCCGUGGCAGCCGAAUGA